UCGCGUGUGAUUUUGCUUGCUUCACAGUCAGAGCAGUAUCCUUCGCACCAACAGCAGCAUCGCCGCGAUAAGCAUCGUUAUCAGCGCAUUUGUUGGGAGGAUGUUGCCUUUCGCUCUCUUUCUCUUUUUCUGGUACUCUCUGGUUAUCAUUGUAAACUAAAGCACGCUAUGGCGAAAUAGUGUGCAGUUUGUGGGUGGUAUUUAGCUGUACAUGUGAUUCAUCAGUUCUGGCUUGUCGCCGCCAGUUAGUUAUCCAGCACUUUGAUAAGUACAAAUCGAAGAAAUCCCGGCCAACAACAUUGUGGUGCUAAAGAUACUAUAUAAUGUUAUGACAGAUAAAUCGCCAAUACACCAAAUAUGAAGCAGUGUCAAGAGGCGUACUCCGAAGCAACGCUUUCCGAUAGCGAGCUACGAUAACGCGCAAAGUGAGGUGCAGCAGUAGCAAGGAAAUAAUCCCAAAAUCGAUAGCGAAUACAUGUGGGUAUAUAAUAAAAAAAAUUUCACGGUAGUGAGCGGAAAAUCGAGCAGAAAUGGCACUAAAGUGUUAAGUGUGAAAGAGUGAAGCAGGCGGCAAAAUGAAUAUUCAUGAUAGUCGACGAAUUUUCCGCCGCCACCGUCUAGAUGGGCAACUAAAUCGGCUCCAUGUUCGGGAGUAGGUGUUAAAAAUAGUUUUAUUCGGUCAAUCGGUGUCGAAGUGAAAGCGUAAAUAAAUCAGCAAAGAUCGCCGGGUAUGGAUUGCUGCAGUAGCAAUUACAUGGAUUACAGACAUUCCAUAAAUAAUAAUUUCUGUUAUCCGUACUCGCCCGGAAUGAUUCGAGGUGCGUCGCCCUAUCCGAUGGGAAUGGGACCUGCAUCUAGCGGUAGUCGAUACGUGGGGGAGUAUCGAGGAGCAUAUUACGAUAGCUUCGAGAAGUAUUACGGCUACCACCAUGGCCAGAGUCACGGUAGCUAUGGAAGUCACUAUUAUGGCAACUAUUCGUCCUACCGAGAUUUCCCCUACAACGAUUACUACCAUGGGUCACCUUCGGUGUCUUCGACGUCACAUCCAUUCCCUGGACUGGGAGGAUACCACGGGGCGUCCCAUUUAUACAAUCGCCAAACGCUUCCGCUUCCCUUCCAACGAGAACCAUAUUUCCACCAACGCGAUCAUCAUCAGUAUGCGAAUUUCGGUAAUUACUCCAGUAAUCCUUUUAAAGGAGAUUCCAGUGGAAGCACAACGAAUCCUCUGGUCAAUAGUAGCAGCUCCAAUAACAACAAUUCCAGCAACAACUCAAAUAGUAGCAACGGCGAAAGCCCGUUGUUCAGCACUCAGAAUGGAUAUUCACACAGUGCGGAGUAUUCGGCACAAUCCUACGGCUCCAGCAGUCCAAGUCAUUCCCACCAUCCGCACCCACACCACAGUGUUGAAGAAAGCGGCGGGCUGAUGGGAAGUGGCUACCCAUCCGCUAUGUCAAACGCAACAGGAUUCACCCACAAUUUGAAGGAUGCGAGAACGCGAAAGCUAAAGGAACGCAAACUGGCUAACAAGUCCCCUUACUGCAGUAGUCCCAGCGCAGGCCAAAACAGCGCUUGCAGCAGCCCGAAUCCGGGCAGCAGUGGGAGCCCUGAAGGCAGCUGCAACAGCAACCCACGGUUAAAAUCUUUAGAUUCACUUUCGAGUGACAGAUUCGAUCAGGAAGGGGCCAUUCACUCACCCACCAGUCGGCAUCCAUCGCCAGGAAGAGCCGGUGGCAUUGGCCGGAAUGUUUCCGGUGGUAGUCCGCCGAAACGAUCGAAAAAGCAGAGCACUAGGCAACGAAUAGGAGGAGAUCACGGCAGGGAAGCAAAAAUGGGUGAACCCGGCGGUGGCUCUAAUUGUAAUCCACUAACGACACCUACGAUAGAUAAGAACGUGACACCUCUUCCUGGCUUCCAGCAGGCAUUCGGUUCAACGGAAAUUGGAAAGUUCUCCGAGGUUUUCUUCAAUAAUAGUCCGGGCCCAAAUGAUCUACUUUCUGAUAACGAUCAGUUACCUCCCGGUAAUCACCAACAGCACCACCACCACCCGCAUCACCAUCAGCUGAUGAUGGACUCUCUAGUAGGGUGCAAAUCCGAUGUUGACGCCGUAAGCCCGCAACCAUGGGAACAGCCAACUGGUCCAGGGGAUCCGUUCGAUAGCUCCGGCACGGGAUUCAACCUGCAGAUCGGUACCAGCUUCCAUCCUUCGUACUACGAGUCUUCCUCUUAUUCGUCGGAUCAUGCGGUGGACUCACCACUGGGAAACUAUUUUAGCGAAAUGACUUGCAGUGAGUACGUUAACUAGACGAGCCGAGACUCUGCGAAUAUCGGAUUUGCGUAUGAAUCGAGCAUUUGCACAAUUUUUCCAAACAGGUUAAGAGCAUGAGGCUGAGCUCUUUCAGCGGGACGAGCAAUGCAAGGUACAUGCCAAGUGAUUGGAAACGUGCCGAAUUUCAGAAGAAAAUAGACAGCAAGGGUUUGCUGUCAGAUAAGAACCUUUUUUCGGGUUUCUGAAAAAUGUGUCCAGAUUUUUUUAAUUAUAGUACAUGAGUAAUCUCUUCAUGAACUAAUUACAUUUUUUGUCCUAUGACUUUCAUUUUAAGUUGUAAAGUAGGCAAUGUAUGUGAUUUUUCAACAUUGCAUACUGAUCUGUUGACAAAAUUUAUAUUGCACUUAACUUCUUAUAUCUUCUCGUUGAUUUAAGCUUAUUAUAUAGUGAUAGAAUUAAAAUGCGAAGAAGAUUUAAAGAAGUGUAGUACAUGAAUGUUGAACUUAUUUUAACCAAAACUAUGCUUUCCAGUAGCAAUGCUGUUAAGUACAGUUUCGUAGAGCUACUAGUGGCGCUUAUGCCUAAUGCCGUGCAGACAUGCGAAAAAAAUUGUCAACAUCUAACGAGAUUGUGUUUCUCUAGUUGUCUUGUUCAUGUAAAAUUUAUCACAUGAGCAAAAAUCCAUUGCUUUUGUUGCAGUUGGUUAAAAAUAAUAUUGCGAAGGGUAUACAAAAACAUAAAGCGCACAAAUCUUCGCUGCUAAAGCAAUGUAGCGGGGUACUCAAAUUGAAUGCCUAGUUUAUUUUUAUUGGGUCGUUGCAAAUGGUUUCACUUGUUUCAAAAAAAAAACCCUUCGAAUUCUUUGAUGGAAAACCUCUACUGAAAUUUACACAUCAACGAAUAAAACUCUAAUUUGAUUAAAACGAGUAUGGAAGAAAGUUACUUUGGCAACCUUACGAGUUUUUCUAAGUACUCUGCCCCAGGUACUUACUCUGCAAAAUGUUCCAUUGUCCAUCUAAUGCUCAAGUUGUACUAAAAAGAACCAAGAGAUAGGAAGUGUUUCAUAGGUUCUCAAAACUCUUAUUACACUUAAGUGUAAGGACUAAAGUAGGUAAAUGUUUUGAGGGGUUAUAUAUGCGUGUGAGUCAAAAAAUACAAAAAUGCACCUAUCUAUAUCAAUUUGUAAAAAAAAUUCUCCAAAUUCCGUUAUAUCGGUUACUACAAUUGGAGUAACAACAAUGUGCGCAACAUCUGGGAAAAUUUUAAGCGAUGUGGAAAUGUCAAUUCGAUUAUCCUGAGAACUUAUUACACUACAACUUAACAACCUUUAUAUUGAUUAAAUAUAAAUUUUGUGGUGUUGUUCCGAACUACAAUAGCAAGAACAGUGAAUCUCUAUGGAAUGGUACUCGAGUUGUCAUGUACAAUGCAAACAACGCAAUAACGCAGUGUAUUCGAAAGAAUUUAUCACAAUAUGCUGAGAAGGAAUAACAAAACUCACAAUUUUCCAAGUGCUCCGUAUAUAACCCCUCAAGGCUGUUUGAAUAUUCCCUGUAAACUGUUACAUCUAGAGAUGAAAACCGCCAAAAAAUUCUGUGUAUAUAUCAACGAUACUCUAGUCUGCUAAGCAAACACAUUUUUGCUAAGUCUGCUUAGCAAACACAUGCCCAGUACUUAGUUGUGUGUUCGUCCUAAAUAAAUAACUAAUACUCUCAAUAUUAAAAUAUACCACCGUGGUUCUGUGAAUAGUAGCAUAGGAUGCAACAGGUUUGAUUUCGAAAAAUUAUCAAUAUUAUGUUCGAUGAUUUUCUCAGUACAUACCCAACAAACAAUUUAUUAGGCUAUCAUUAAGCGAGUUUAGGCUGAACUACACUGCCGUGAAUAACAAGUCCGCCUCAUUUGCAUUUUCAUCAAAAUUGAGUUAAAAAGCGGAAAUGGUAGCUAACUAUGCAUAGUUUCUUACCGAUAGAUGAACCCAACAUCUUUGUUCUGAAAAACUUCGGAAAAACAUCCAAACAUGUUGUCCCAUCUCACAAGAAGCAAUGUUAUGAAAUUUUAUAAAAACACGUUUUUCACGGCUUGCUGAAAAUGCAAAUGGGACUGACAUGCUAUGCGCGGCAGUCAGUAGAGAUUACUUGACACUUGAAAGUGCUUCACUUGCAUCUUUUUCAUUUUCUACAAUGUGGUCAUCUUUGAAACUGUUUAAUGGUCGCAGGUUUUUCCAGGCAGUCUGAUAAGUACCUGAAAAAUGGAACACAGCCAAAGUCGUUUUUAUUUUUCACCAUACUCUCCUUUUGGGUUGAUGCAGCGAGUCCAACGAUUUUCUAACUUUUUGAUACCGUCCGAAAAGUACUCGAUCGGAAGGUCUCCAAAAUACGCCUCAGUUUCAGCUAUGAGUUUUUAUUUGAGUGAAAACGCUUACCGGUGAGCCAUGUCUUCAGCCAAGAACCAACUCGAAGCCGAUUUUAUGCGAUUUUGCUUGUACAACUAAGAAUGAAUGAACAGGCGCAUUGCUGUGAUGAUAACUUGUUUUUUUUUCUUCAAAUGCGGUCGUUUAUUGGUGAUUUCGAUUUUCAUUCGGUCUAAUAAUGGUGAAUAGUAUAAUACAGUCGCCGUUCGAUAACUGCAAGACUUUUAACUGCAACGCUUUUUAACUGCAAGACCGAUAACUGCAACAACUUUGCAGUUAUCGGACCGCAAUCCGUCAAAUCUGAUGUCAAAGUCAUAUUUGACAUUGAAGUGGCAGAUCUCGCGGGGGGAUUCUAAAUACAUUCGAAAAUGAAAAUUGUUGAAUCUCUAGAAACAUUUCAAAAGGACUCUUUAUCAUUUCUUCCGAUUUUUUUCGAUUUCGUUUACUUGUUGUCUCUUCAUUCUAGAUGGGAGAUUAUAGAUCUCCACUAUUAAUCAAUGAAGCAAAAUCACCAUGUUAUGUAGUUCACUUUUCGUAAAUAUUUUAAGAGAAAAAAAUUCUUUUGUGCAUUUUUUGGCUAGCUUUCACUACUCAGCGAGGCAGUGCAUAGUAGAUCACAAACAAUACUUUGUGACCUAGCGUUAUAAAGACCAUUUUACGAACUGACAGGUGUCACCAGCCCAAUGGCAUCGCGCCAUGUUUCUAGGGCGAACAUCUCAACGUAAGUGUAAACGAGAUAGCAUAUCAUCGCCUUUUUUCAUACAUCUUUUUCUGACAGCUGACAGUGGGCACAAAUGAGUUUGAGCCCAGGACAUGAGUUCAUUGUCAUUCACUGUUACUCGGUGUAGGGAUGCCAAAGGCUCAGGUGUCACGGAUCCUGCUGACAUUGAUGUUGCUUUUACUUGCGUUAUGUCAGCGGCUCCGAGCUUUCUGUCAAAAUUUCAUUCAUGAAUUGUAGAGCAACAUGUCAAAAGGAUCUAUCUGCUUUGAUCGAUCGGUUUCUUUCAACCGCCACGGCUUAUUAAACACGUUUCAUGAUAUGUCAUUUACACCAUUUGAUAGCGCAGAAUCUAAUCUAGCUUUUUAAAUAAAAACCACGUUGGGAAUAGUUAUUUUAGCUGAACUAUUAAACAAAUGAAAAGUCAAUCAAGAAAAUCGAUGAAAGCAGUUAGAUCCUUUUGACAUGUUGCUCUACAAAUGAGUUCAGAAACGUCUCGUAAAAUGGCCUGAACUUUAUCUUCGCCUACAUAUUGGUUACGUAAAGUAGUUACUAAAUCGCAAUAAAUUAUGAUACGAAAAAAUAUGAAUAUCAAAUUGCUUAAUCGAAUAGCUUGUCUAUUUUAGUUUUCUGCUAUUUUUUGCCACUAUUUCAUUAAAAAAAUACAUAUCGGCAUCAUUGAAAACAGAAAUGGUAGUGACGGACCCCCCUCUAAAUUUUGGCAUAUGUCAAGUGUUGCAGUUAUCGAACGGCAUUCGAUAACUGCAAUGUAAACAUGUUGCAGCUAUCGAACGACGACUGUAUAGUAUCCGGUUAUGGUUUUACCACAGACAGACGUGCCUCUUCGAAUAAAAAUCCUGUAAAAUCUUCGUCCUUAUUUGAAACGUUACACUCAUGCGCCACCAUGUGAGCUUAUUGCCUACUAACUUAUUUUCGUAAAACGGUUUUUGUCUUUGACACUUGCUUAAAUCAACACAAGUGGCGGUACUGAUGGUUUUUGUCUUUGAGAAUGAAUGUGUACGGUUGCUUAUAGCGACGUUAGCGGCAUUAUUGCCUACUAAGCAAAAUUUCAAAUUUAUCGUUAUUUUUCUGGUCGAUGAAAUCGUCAUCGAGUGGCACGUCUGUUUGUCUGUGGUUUUACCUUUUUCAAGAUAGUCCACGAAAAUCAUGCAAUGUGCAUCCUAAAAUACGGGGCCAUAACCUUUACGGCCGAUUGUUGCCGUUUUGGACGCUUGGGAGAAUUUUGGCCCGGUAAAACCAACUGUUUUGCCUGUUGCGUUGACUCAGGAGUGUAGUAAUGGAUCCAGGUUUCAUCCAUGGUUAUGGAUCGGCGUAAAAACGCGGUCGGCUUACGCGAAAGUAAUGCCAACUUCUGCUGGGAAGUCGUCACAUGAAUUAGUUUUUGGUCCACGAAACUCGGCGAACCACUUAUGAAUCGUUCCACUCGACGAUGCAGAGUCCGGGCAAUACUUAUCCAGCUUAACCCUCUAGUGCCCAGUGCCGCCUCUAGGCGGUCUUCAGUCGAACCUAUAAAAAGCUUCAAUAAGAACUUAAAAAAUGUUUAUGAGGCUUAAUAGUGAUUUUUUCGAAGUCCGUCUAAAAAUUAAUUUGGGUACUAGAGGGUUAAGCAUGUCGUGAAAGGUGUUAGAGUAUCUAAACUCCAUUCACCUGACUAAGAAUGUGUUGAAAUAAUCGACUAAUAGUUGGUCUACCCUUGUUCCGAUCUCAGGGUAGAAAAAAGAUUAGUCUGGAGAGAAUGUUUGUAAGAGUCUGUUGUACUUCUCAGCGUAUGUGUUACCUACACAAAAUGAAUAAAUUUCCUCGGUGAAAUUACUGUUUAUCAGUUGAAUGAAUCAAACAGUGAAGUGCGAUAUCGAGCAUUUAUAAAAAAAAAAGUUGUGGUUCUUAUAACACAGUAAAAUUUUUAAAAUCAAAAAUUGUCGAAAACGACAACCAAACGUAAGAUAUAGGCAGUUUUUUGUAAUCAAACCUGCUAUUUCUAGCUAAUUUGAUAGUACCAUGGGAUCAUAAUAAAACCACAGUAAAAUGUAUAUACUAAAUAAAAGACUUUAAACAUUUCUCUUUCACUAAACAUUAGGCGAACCAAUUGUUCAGAUAACUGUGCCACGUAAAAUAAUUCCUUGUUCAAAAUUUAUGUACUACCGAAACGCAUAAAAAAAUCAGUGUAAAUAUAAUGAGGAAAAUGAUAUUAAAUAUCCAAGCUGAUGAAAUGUCGGACAAACAGCGAUUAUAUGUGCAAACAAUAAUAUCAAUUAUUUAUUUAAAUAAUUAACCGUAAGUGUUGUUGUUACAUUAGUGUGAAAUUGAUAGACCAUACCAUAUUACAAAUUAAAAAAAGAAAACAAAUGUAGCGCAAAAUUAGGAGAGUGUGCCAUUGAUAGAAACUCUAGCACAGACGGAGAACGGAGGAUCGACAUGGAAGUAAUUUUAACAUUGAAUUAAAACAUAAGUAAAUGUGCCUUAAUCAAAAUCACAUUGAAAACAACACUCUCACAAGCUGACAGCUUUUUCAGAUUAGUUGAAUCGUUAAACAGGAAAGAGCCAACAAACAACAGUAGUAACAUGGAUUUAGUUUACAACGGCAAAAACAGAACCUUCCAUUCACUAGCAACAAAUGACAAAUUUCUUCCUCUAUAUUUCUUUUACUUAAAAAAAUCUCCAGGAGUAGACACACUUACAAAUCUAAGUCGAUACCAGUCUAAAUAUACCAAAGUUUGUAUACAUUAAUCAUUUUGAAACGUUUUAAGAAAAGCAUUCAAAAAAUAAAAAUACAAAAAUUAAAAAAUAAGCGGUUUCUGGUAUUACAAAAUGGUCAUAUUUUUAACGAGGCGUAAAUCAUACGAAAAUAAGAAUAAACAUAACUGAUUUUUAGAAUGUGAAGAAAUGUAUAUUUAAAAUCAAUAAAAGAUCACCAAACAAAAAUAAUUCACUUAAAAAGGCGAAAGCAUGAGCCCACGUUUACAUUCAACCAAUUUUAGAUUGAAACCCCUAUUUGUAACUUUUUGUGAAACGUAAGGAGCUAUAUAUUUUUAUAACUGAAAAAAACCGUUCAGGAUAGAAGUUGCAAGGUAAAAAUAAUCUCAUACUGGAACAAACGAAAUAGAUUCCAUAGAAUAAAUUGCAUACAUUCUACUUAUUCCAGCAUUUCUGAUCCAGUAAAACUAGUUGUUUAUUAAAUCACUACUUCUCCAGUGUAACCCUAGAGUUCUACGACGACACACAGUCCCCGAAUGAAACACAAAUAUUAUCUGUGCUCUCUAUCUCGCUGUCUGGUGCAACCAGAGUGGAAUUUAAUACAACGUAAUAGGGCUGUAUGAAAAACUCCACCGGAUCAAAGUGAGACCAAGGGAUGUGGUACAGACUAGCUGAACAUACAAAAACAUAACAGAUAGAUGGAAGAAAAAAAAUGCAAACAAAAGUUCAAAACAAAUCUCUAAGAAGUCUAGUCAAAAUAGUAACAUAAUAUUCAAUCAAAACUAGUCAAAUAAAGAGUUAAAUAAACUUAUUGCGGAUUGAAAAAUUAGUUCAA